AUGGCUUGUUCCUGGCCUCGAUUUAAGACCGUUUUGUUACUGUCUUUACUGACAAUUCCGAAGCUAUCAAAACCUUGUAUUCGAAUUCUACCCGAAGAGGGUGGUUGGAAGCAAAUGAGCGUAGGGGAGCGUGCUAAACUUGUGAAAGUCGUUUUCAUCGGAAAAGUGAUCAAUCUUUACACGGUAGAUAAACUCUCGGGAACUUAUGCCGCGGAUUUUGAAAUAUGGAGGAUUUUAAAAGGGAGAAAGAUCGUGGACGAAGUCUUCGAAAUGCAUCGCUCUUCACUUGUCAAAGUGUAUGGGUUUGGAGAGAAGAGACUGUGUUAUUCGCCUGUCAAGCCGGGAGAUGUUCAUAUGGUGUUCAUGGUCUACGAACCGGCUUCUCGUUCCUUGGUGGCGCGAUACGACGAUAUAUUCGGGGCGACAGCUGCUCCUACAGCCGCCAACGAGAACGAAGUGCUGCAGGCAUUAGGUAUGUUGACGCAGAUUUCAUUUAUCCCCUUUUCAUACGACCCAGCUCAUUAGUUAUCCCAUGAAAGAGUGCUUAUCUUCGGGUAGCGCUCCCGCGGUCGUUGCUACAAAAAUAACUUCACACUUUCAGACGUCAUUUCUCACAACGUCAAAAACAAUCCAAUUUAUGCCUUGCUAAGCGCGUGGAAUAACAUUCAUCUUGUAAAGUUGCCGUAAGCGAGGUUUGAACUACAUGGGGAUUUUCUCCUUUUGAAUCAUGUGGAAUCUGCUCAGUGAUUACACUUUUGUUUAGACAAAAGAAUGUUUCCUGAAGUCGACACACGACAACAAAAUCGGAAAUUUUAUGUCUUCUCGUAUACCUUCCUAGCCCACAGGAAGAACUUAAAUUUAUCAAUGACUCUGAAAUGACAAAGAAACCAAAAUGUAAAGUUUUGAAAUAACUAUAUUUUCGUAGAUCACAAAAUCCGCAAAGCUGAGAAAUUUUGACACUUCAUAAAUAACCUUUCUCGUGAUGUCAAAACCAUCGAAACACAACUGGAAAACAAGCUAAAUUUCCCCAUCUGCCUUUUCCAUGAUUUGAGUUCAAUUUUGCCGAAACAGACAUUUUUUCAAGAUUUAAACCUGCCUGCAGUUAAAGGGGUCAAAACUCGAAGGUUAAUAUGUGAAAGAAAUCUCGACAAGCUAGCUCUUGGUUUCAGUAAUCAUAACAGUUAUCAUGGCCUUAUUUUUCACGCCUGUUUGUGAUGUAGUAGCCCAAAAGUACAAAAAGCGACAACAAAGCUACCUCCCGUGCGUUAUUUAUUUGCCCUCCCGCGCGAGUGUGUCUGUCAACAAACAGACAAUCCACUUUAUUUUCAGUUUUUUGGAGUUCUUAUCGUAGCACGCUUUGGUAAUUUGGUAAUUAUGAAUGAAAAGCUUUUUAUUACCGACUGACAGAGCUAUUUUGUUUCAGCAAUUUCCGGAAUUGUUUCUCUUGUAAAGUUUGUUUUCAGAGGAAUGAGAGAGAUAGAGAGCGUGCGAUCGAUAGUAAGUAAUCCUUUACAACCCACUUGACACCACGAUUGGCCCGGGGCAAUUCCGCGUGUUUCUUGCCGAAGAACGAGCGAUUACCAGACUAAAUCAACUUAAUCUGCACAAGACUAUCUCAAAUGAAACAAAUAAAACGUAAAUAAAGUUACUGUUAAUGCCAAGAUAUUAACAGUUCUGGAUGCAUUAUUCAGCAGUUCCCUGGGAAAUCGUUUUUCCUCGCUAGCAAUUGACCGGUUCACUUGUCGUGGAACUGGACCAGCGGCUCUCUUCCUCGUGAUAAACCGUUAAUUUUUGCUUUCCUCUCUUUCUCUCUCGCUCUUUUUUUUUGGCAUCUUGUCACAUUAUAAGCGUUACACUAAACUCUCUUUUCUUGCGAAUCUUUUCAGUCACUUCCCACAAACUCAGCCACACAAAAACUUAAUCUACCUAACGCACUAGUGUGCUAACGAUCUACCAGAUGUACACGGAAUGCUACUCUUUAGUGCUCUUAUUUGGCUCGUGUGCCUUUCGCUGUAAUCCAUCUUUAUCUAAAUGGUGCCAUUCUGUCUCUCCUUCUUAACAACAUCAUGGAUUAAUUCAAAUUUUGUAUCUGUGGUAAUCCUGAGGUGAUGAACAAAUACUUGUAUCGAUAUCGCCACCGUGGCGACAGGCUUCCCGCCAUCCCGGUCGCCAUAUUGAAUACUUGCGAUCAAAGUGAGAUGCUGUGCGCCAAGAAGUGAGGGAGGUUUGAUAGGAAAAACGUUUUUGCAAAAAUUGAAACGAAUGCUUUCUUUUUUGCCUUUUGGACUUUGAGAGCAAAAUGUAUUAAACGGAUGAAAAUUGUUCCUAGUUAAUUCUUAUACAAUGCAAGUAGUUUAUUAACGUCUGUGAGAGUAAGUGUAUUUUAAAUUUAACCGCCACCUGUCUCGUUGUUUGUUUUUAAACUUAUUUAUCUAUAUUCUUUGUGGGAGAAUGUUUUCAGUUUAUGUCGCACAGAUAAAAUAGAAAAUAUUCAGAGCAUAGACAUAGCAAAAAAAAAAGAGAAAAGAAAACCUCAGAAAAUCACAAUGGAACUCGUAACAAUUAUGAUUAUGAAAAGUUGAACCAAGAGUUUAGAUAAGCAAGUAAUGUUCACAGAAAUUUCCUAUUUAAAUAAGUAGAAAAUCGAAGAUACGCCAUUGUUUGUACAUUCGGUCUAUCAAUGCAAAGAAAAGUGUUAUUUUGGGAAACACCAGGAUCCUGGAAACAGAAUAAAGAGAUGGAUCCAUAAUUUUAGUGGCAUCUCCUAGCGAGUAGCUUUUCAGAUUAUUGGACAAAAAUGAGACGAAUUAUAAACCUAGUUUAUCAAAAUUAUUGUUAUAGUUAACCUUGUAUUCUCUUCUUGAUGAUGGAAUUGGUGUAGUAAAAAAACUUCACGGCUUGUACAAAUUCCUACUAUUAACCCUUUAAGCCCUAAGACUGAUCAGCAUAAAAUUUCUCCUCUUAAUAUCAAUGCUUUGUUAAACAGAGUGGUCAUGAGAAUUACGGACCUGAUCACACAAGAUGAAUUUGCUGGAUAUUUUAUCAACUUCUCCCCACUACUUCUAUAGGAAAUGAAUAGGGGCAACAAAUGAGAAUUCAAAUCUUGAUCUUAGGGUUUAAAGGGUUAAGGUCUCUCGGGAGCUGGAAGAAAACGAUACUUGGUAAUAGUUAUCCAAACAGGUUUUAUUGCGGUUUCAUCUUAUUCAUACACGAAAAUUAUCUUGUGUAAAGAAAAUUAAGCAAGCUAAGAUAAGCAUCAUCUCAGGGUUCCACAGUAAAACAAAUCUAAAGUAGAAACCUUCUGAUAUCGCGCAAGAUUUAUCAAAUAUUCCGAUAAGCUCGCAAAAACAAUUAAGUAUUUUUCUUUUUGAUGUGAAUUUUCUGACGUUCUUUUAGAAUAGAACAGGCGAUGAAAUUUCCAGCAAUUUCUAUGCCAGUUUUAUCAGUCUUCGGAGAGUUUGAAACAAUGUACUAAUUCACUAUUACUUCUCGUGAUAACGGUAAAAGAAUUUCAAUCAGUCAGGAUGUAGAGGACACAGUGCGGAAAACCGGGUUCCUUAAAAAAGGUCUUGUUGUGUUUGCUUUUUAUAUGCGAAAACAUUUUUGCAUUCCUCUAUACCGUGAGAGAGUGCCCAAAUUAAAAUUUGCUAUUAAUACAUAAGGGAUUAUCUCGUGUCUUAUGAGAGCUUCACGAGGAAGUAUUUGUACCAUUUGUAGUUAAACCUUUCGAGAACUCUAAAAAUUCCUUUGAUUCUAUUUCCCUUGGAAUGUCGUAAUAAGGGAGCGCCCAUGGAUUUUCACCUUUAAAAAUGUGUAUUCAUAUAAUUAAUUAUUUGUUUCUUCCAGUUAUUAUAUCUUCACUGAUAACGAGUUUGAUUACAAACAAUUCUGAGAGGUUGCAAUGAAAAAACUGUUAUAUUUUGCCCAUUUCCAAAGCUGUAGGUUGCUGAAAAAAGAAAAACUUAAGCUAACUCUAACUAACUUUCACCGCCUUUACGCUUCACAUGCCUGUUUUGUGUACAAAAACACUCCUAAACCACGAGCGGUCGUCCUGCUUUCCUCAGAGCGACGCACGGCCAGACUAGUUGAGCAAACACACUCUCAGAAGAUCUUAGUAACUUAUCGAGCGCGUUUUCAUAAUCUUGCCCUCAGGCCGAGGCAAAGCAGAUCAAUAAGGUUUUCAGAAUGUUUACAUUUUAGUUCUGAAACCGGCCAAGAAGAAAAAUGGAUACUUCAAAAGGAACUUGAACGAGGUUUAAAAUAAAUAGUUGAGCAAACAAAGUUUUACAAGAACUUAGUAACUUAUCCAGCGUAUUUUCAUAAUAAUCCGUUACCCUUGAGGCACAGCAGGGUGAACGAGAACGUUUUCAGAAGUUUCACAUUUCAGUUCAAGGCGCCUUCUGGACCUGUUCUGGACCAAAAUAGGGCACUCCAAACAGCAGUUGGGCGAAGACUUUUACAAGAAGUUGGUAAUUUAUCCAGCACAUUUUGAUAAUCUUACCCUUGAGGCAAAGAAGAUCUAGAAGGUUUUCAGAAGGUUUACAUUUCACUUCUGAAACGGCUAAGAAGAAAAAUGGGCACUUCAAAAGAAAAAAGGAGAUUGAAAAUAUAGGCAAUUAGGCAAACAAAGUUUUACAAGAACUUAUUAACUUAUCCGGCGCAUUUUCAUAACCUUACCUUUGAGGCACAGCAGAUCGAGAACGUUUUCAGAAGUUUCACAUUUCAGUUGGGAGACGGCCAGGACCAAAAUAGGGCACUCCAAAAAAAGAAAAAGGUAAUUUAAAACAGCGGUUGAUCGAACAGACUUUUACAAGAGCCUGGUAAUUUAUCCAGAGCAUUUUCAUAAUCUUACCCUUGAGGCAAAGGAGAUCUAGAAGGUUUUCAGAGGGUUUACAUUUCAGUUCUGAAACGGCCAAAAAGAAAAAUGGGCUCUUCAAACGGCAAAAGAAGAUUAAAAAUAGGCAAUUGAACAAACAAAGUUUUACAAGAACUUAUCAACUUAUCUAGCGCAUUUUUAGAACCUCACCCUUAAGGCAUAGCAGAUCGAGAACGUUUUCGGAAGUUUUACAUUUCAGUUGGGGGACGGCCAGGACCAAAAUAGGGCACUCCAAAAGGAAAAAAAAAAGCGAUUUAAAACAGCAGAUGGGUAAACAGACUUUUAAAAGAACUUGGUAUUGGUAAUUCAUCCAGCGCAUUUUCAAAAUCUUACCCUUGAUAAAAAGAUAUAGAAGGUUUUCAGGUGGUUUACAUUUUAGCUCUGAGCACGGUCAAAAACCAAAAAGGAGCAGUUUAUCAAGGCAAAAACGGUUCAAGAAAACGGGCAGCAAUUGGGGCAAACAGACAUUUAUACCAGAGCUUGUUAGCCAUUUCCAUAUCAAAGAUUUGUAGAUCAUUGAAGCUGUGACGAAAAUGGUUUCACAGCAGAGUGAUGUAUCUUCGGUCUUUUGCCUACGCUUUUCAGGACAUUCAAAUUGGAUACUUAACUAAAGUCGAAACGCGUUUGAGAUAUGUAUAUAUCCAUGGCGUUGAUAUAUGAAAAAGUUUUGCUUUGACGGUUACAUUCGAAAGUUUUCCAAUUGAUGUUCUCAUGGCGUGCAUCAACAAGGGUGAGUUUUUGUUCUUUUACUAUGUGGCACACAAUUGAUGAAUAGGGAAACAAAAUUAAUGAUUUUUCUUGUAAUAUAUCAAUCAUUAGACGCAGUGUUUAAUCACCAGAUGAAACACUGAGAAGGGAGUUGAAAAUACGACGCGUAGCGGAGUAUUUUUGAUGGACUUCGAGGUGUUUCAUCUGUUGAUGAAACACUGAGUCGAAUGCUUGAUAUUACUUUUUUAAAAAUAUGAUUUUAGAAGGAGAAAUUAAGGAUGCAAAAAUGAGCAGUUUUUCAUCUGAUUUCCAAACACUCAUUAAUCAUUAAUGUCCUUGUAUUUUCUUUAUGAAUUAUUAUUAAUGAGUUUGAUAAGUUUGGACUUUCAGUGCAGAUGCUUUAUUGGUUCUUGACCUCUUAUGCACCGCCCCCUAAUUUGUGUAUCUGUAAAUCGGUUCUACUCCGCUUUUUGCCAGUUUUUCGGACACUAAGUUAAACCUUUCACGCGUAAAACGUGAACAUUCAUAACACCUCACCAAACUCUUUCCAGCUUCCCACAUGCUUGGGUUACGAGAGAGCGCCCAAUACGGCACUGACCCAGGUCCGUCAAGUUUACUCAGCAUUUUUCGAAUCAGUGAGAUGAUUUAUUGGAUGCGUUCGAAGCUUGUUUGUUUUCCAUGAGCAAGCUUGUUACUUUCGAUUGUGUGGGCGCUCACUAAAAUUAUUCUUCCUUCAGGAGCUUGUGAAAGUGUUACUUUUUUUUCUUUCAAUGCUCUCGGGAACAAAGAGAGUGCAAAUGCAGCGGAGUUCUUCUUCUGUUUCGCCAAGAAAGAGCUUGAAAAACAUUGAAUACCUCAAAAACACAAAUCUUAACGAUACUUAUCACGUAAAAAAGUACUUGAAAAGUGUGCAUGAUCCAUCAAUGCCUCAGUUAUGCCUCAAAGUUGCGUCACAUAUUACGUUGGUAGAUUUCGCCGACUUAUUUUAUUCAGGCACAGUAAGGAUGUUGAAACACGUACUUUGCCUAGUAUCCUGGGAAAAGGGAUCCUUUCCUUUGGUCGUGAAUCAUGAAAGAGCCUUAAAAAACACCACUACAAGAACGUGCUUAUCUCGCUGAUUAUCAGCUUUGUCAUCGGUUUUUCGGGGUAUUUCUGACCGCACUUAUGGUAAGACAAACUGAACCUCUUCAUAUUCAGUGGGAGUGGCAUCUACCACACGUUUGGCACUAAAUUUUUGUGGAAGUUUUAUCUUGCGGCUGGGAGAUUAUCUGUUUUGGGGGCAACUAAAUUUUGCGGUUGGUAGCCAUGACUCAUGGCUUCUACGACUUUUUUGUGGUUACUCAGUUUAAUGACUCAAGAGGUCGAAAAAAUAUGUUUCCUGGCAAUUAUUGUAGCGAUGGUAUUGUGUCGUUGUUUGCAAUCAGUCGGAUUCUCGCCAGCUCCAUUUCUGUCCAACGAUCAAAAAAAUUAAUCUUAACCGUGAAAGUUUUUGGCGGUGCUAUUUUUCGUUUUUUCGCGGAAUAUUUUGGUCUGAAUCGUGGAAGGAAAACUCAAUAUAAAUUAGAACUUGCAAAAAUUAAUUGUAGGUUUAUAUCACUUAGCCUUUUCAUUCUCUAGACAUGCUUACUAAAAUCAGUUGCAUGUCUGAAGGAUCAGUUUACGAAAGUAAGGUUAAAAUAUUCAGAGGAAAGUCCUUGAAUACUACUUUCGUUGACAAUUUUUGUGAAAUUAUGUUCUCCGAGAUACAACGUAGGUGGUUCUGUUUUAAGAGCCAGUUGGUGAAAUGCCAAACAUCAACUUUUCAAACGCAUAAUGGACGCCGGUCGCUUUAGAGUUAUGAACUCCUAAAUGAUAUGCCAAAAAGGUUCUUUAGAGCUUGUCAUAAAUAAUUAACGUCUAAUUUUUCCUGAUAAAAUAUCAAUGCAGGCACACUAAAUAGACAGUCGAUGAAAGCAAGAAAACGGCUUCCUUUUUCUUGGCUUCAAUUAAACACUUGUAUCAUGAGAAAUGCAAUAUGGUAGGAUGAUAAGUUACCAUGGUUCGGAGGCGUGCUAAAUGAUAAGGAAAACGAAAAGAAGGCGUUUUUUGUUUGUCCUGUCGGUACUUUUUGAGCAUUUAUGUCAGUUGACAGAUUCGUUGAAGGCGGUAACUUCAGACUGUCAGGACAUGCGUGGUGUGUGUGGCAAAAAUGGUAGGAAUGAAGACUGCGCGUGACAAAGUACUCUUAAAACAAUUUUAUGUGCGGAGAAAAAGACGAGUUAAAAGAUAUCAUUAUUCUUAAAACCUGGUUAGGAUAGCUAUUCAUAAGGUAAUAAUAACGAGAAGAUGCAGUCGUUUGUAAUCAUUUGUGGUGGUCUCGGUUUAAGGAGGUUAAAUACUACCUUUUAACCGACACUGCAACAAUUUUAAGUCUCGCAAAAAUAUGUACUUAUCGCGUUCGUGGUUUCCUGAAGUACCCACCAGGUUUUUACGAUAUCAAUCGCGUGUGUCCGGGCAGUGUAUCAUGCUCCAAUAACUGUAUGAAAUACUUCAGUGUAGUCACGUUUUCUGAGCGUAUAUCAGUGUUCGAUACUUCGUGAACUAAAAUCAAUCAGAUGUUAUGUUCUGAAAUAAUAGAGUGAAGCCACCUGCAAUUUUGAUCAUAGUUUCUCUCGCAUUUUUCUUGUAUUUCUUUAAAGUGCAUUUUACGUGGAUGGGCCGAAUUUUUACUAGUCCUGAUGCAAAAUAGCCUGGGGGAGGGGAAACUCCCAUAUGAAAGGGGCGGGGAUGCUCGUCGUCUUGCUUAGGGGUGUUAAUUUAGGAUUUUGGUCUCACUUAGGGUUCUCUGUUCAAAACGUCAUUAUAUUUAGCCGUAAAGGUCUCUUUUAGGGUUGUGUAUUUUCAAUUUGUUUCAUUUACUCGAUUCAUUUAAUCAGAGUUUAAAAUGAUCUCUUUUAGGGGUCAAAAAAGGUUGGGCCAUGCCCAAAUUGGUUUCCUUUAGGGGUUUAAUUCAAAAUUCCUUACGAGCAUCCCCACCCCUUUCAUAUGGGAGUCUCCCCCGGGCAAAAUAGUGGGUCAUGGAUGGUGUAAUUGCCUGUCUGGAUGAAACUAGCUUUUCACAAGUAGAACAACGCCAAUUCGAAUAACCGAAUCCAUAAACUAUUGCUUUUCGAAGCAAACAAAAAUCUGUCCUUUUCCUGUCUGAAUGCUACGUCGUUACGCUCCACAACAACUAAAAUCAUGAUCUGACACAAACGAAAUAUUCAACAAGAGAGUCUAAGCUAAUUUCCUAGCGUGCAGUCUGGUAGGGCACGAAAUACCGCUUGUUCAUUGAUCCUUUUGUCCACUAGCAAACUCUUAAUAAUGCUAAAAAUAUACAGGGUUACGUUCAAGACAAGCUGGUUUCAUAUUCUCUAUCAAGCCUGCAUUGAAUUUUUAUUGUCUGUCAGUAGCAAAGGCCUAUUGCCUGUCAGAGGCCAUAUGACUCCAGUCUAUUAGUAAGCUCUUUACUGCUGUAAUUGUUGUCGAUACAAAUCUAAUCUGCAUACUUAAAGGGUCGGUAGACCUUUAUUGACACUGAGUGCUUUUUUAUCUUUCUGCGGAAUCUGAUCAGCGCUAAUCAGAGCCAGUAAAAGAUUUUAUCAGUCAUUUCCGAAUGCCUUACAGACCGAUGCUAACGAACACUUCCAUUAUUUUUUUCUCGCUCGGAUCUCUGUUCUUUCUUGGCACUUCAAGCAACUUCUCGAAGUCAUUGAUUUCUCGUCAGUUAUUAUGAAUCGUUUUAAGGAGAUUAAUGUAGUUUAUACGACCCCUCAGUACUCGUCUAGAAAAAUAAUGAAAAACCAGAAUCUGCAACUGAUGAAUUCCUAGCAGUCCAUUAAGCGACUGAUUACGUUUUUAAGUAAAACUAGAACUACUUUCUACAGUGCCGCUUUGUUAAGCGGCUUGAACCGUUUUUGUAGACACCACUCUGAACUUUGUGCCCAAUAAAUUUAAAUUAAGCUGCUUUUUUGUAGGGAGCAUUUCAUUCAUGUAGCGAUGUUUCUUUAAGCAGUUAUGAGACAGAUUUAUUGAGCUUUUUUUUUUUAAUUUUCUGGUCCUUUUCGUUUGUAAGUCAUUUUGUGUGGCAUAAGAAGGUCAAGUACAGCUGACGAAACCUUAUUCUUUGCCAUAGCGUGUACACAGAUCAUGUUGAUUUACGCCCAUUUUGAUUUUGAUUGUGAAAUCUGUAAACCUGGAAGUUUCUGACUGUUUGCGGACAGUUUUUCAACAGUUUCAAAAGGACGUUUAUCGAAUGUUUUACAAUCAGCCUUUGUUGUGUUGCGAGGCGAUGGCGAGAAAGAGAAAAACGUUUGGAUCUAGUGUCAAAGAGCGUCUAAGCCACUAAGCCAGAGGCCAGUCUCCCAAAAAAUGCAAGAUUUCCCAGCGCUGUGUCAAUGAUUUUACAAACAAACUAAGUGCGUUUUAGCAAAGAUUUAAAGAUAAAAAAUCGUCAAUGUGUAUUUAUUUUCUUGUCCUGUUUGUUUGCGUUUCAUGCUCCCUUAUUAGUUUACAGUGAUAACGUGUUUUUGUAAACAGAUAUAAAGCGCUUUAAAUUUAUCACAAAACAAGUUACGGAAGCACAUUUAAUUAAAGCAUACAUUCUGUCGUGUGACCUGUUGACACAAACUACUGCUUUUUGUGCAAAAGCACUUGUCCUAUCGGGGGUAAGGUUACUCCCUUAUUUGGCCUAAACUGUUAUAUGCCGCUUUAAAGGGUAUGGUUUUGAGGGUCUUGACUCUAAAACAGGGUCCAGUUUAAUACAAAUUGAUUAUUUAGUGACUAGUACAUUAAGGUGUCUUUUUGCUGGAAGGCUUUAACCCUUUAAGCCCCAAUACUGACCAACAUCAAUUUUCUCCUAACGAUAUCCAUAGAUUGUCUAUGAGAAUUAAUAAAAUGAUCACAAAGAGAAAAAUCUUUGAUCUCUCAUCAAAUUCUCUCAACUGAUUUUAUAAGGAAAUGUAUAAAGAUCAGUCUGGAGAAUUUGUAUGCGGAUAUUGGGGCUUAAAGGGUUAAAAGAGUGUGAAGGUUGGCGAUGAGCGGCACCAUCAUCCAUGAUGUUAAUUUGGAAAAUUACUGAAUUUGAUCUGUGUGUGCAAAACUAAGCUAGCCAGGGUUAUGAAAUAAGGUUUCAUGUCUUUAACAGGGUUAAGAAAUGAACGAUUUCUGUCUUAAACAAGGUUUUUUUUGGGUCCCCCUAAUUUUUACUAGAAUUUUUCAAACUUUACCAGGUCCCCCCGUUUGGUUCGAACAUAUCCGUUUGUCUCAAUCAAACAAGAAACUGUUAUCAGUCAUCAGAAUCAUUUCGGACUAAAGAAGUGUCGAAAGUUCGUUUGUAUCGAACAUGUCAGUUUGAAAGAAUCAGACAAGAAAGCAGUUAUCGGAGUCAUCCCAAUCAUUCUCGGACUAAAGAUUUCAUCGAAAACCCGCCUGUAUACAUCACAGCGGUCUCACAAUAUUUAUGAUGAGUGGGCCUUUUAUCUGAAUUGUCACACGCUAGGAUGUUCUCCACACAUUCAAAAGUUAGAAUCACCUUGUACUGCACAAUAAGCAGCACCACAGGAAAGUACUGCUCAGUAGCAGCUUUCAUUUGAAUGGUCACAUUUAAGGAUUUCAUUCACAGACUCAAAAGUUAGAACCACCUUGUACAGCACAAUAAGCAGCACCACAGGAAAGUACUGCUCACUGAGCUUUCAUUUUGUAGGUAACAACGUAAGAUUUCAUCCAUGAGCUCAAAAGUUCAUGAAAACCACCUUGAAAAACACCUUGGAACGUCGUUCCUCCGCGCGAAACGUCACCAGCGGCGAAGAGCGAGGAUAAACGGACGUUUUCGCAGGCUUAAGUACCAAGACCUCUCUGGGUGAAAACAGUGAACUAAAAAUGAAAGGGGCUGUUGUUCAAAGAGUACCAUAUAUCGCUCAGUGAUUGCUUUUCGCCACAGUGUUUUUCAUCUUAGGAACCUGACUUGCGCCGGCAAGACGGUUAAUACGCAGUUAGCAGACCGUCACGUGAUUGUUGACCCAGUGCCAGUUUUCCUCCGUCAGUUGGCGGGAUUCCGCUGUACUGCUGCCAACAACUUAGCGAUUACAAGUACGAUGAGUGGGCGGCUACGGCGACACAGAUAUUACUAUUACUGCCAAGAUUAGUUGAAAAAUUACCUUAUUAAUUGAAAAAACAUAAAAGGAAAAAGAAAAAAACGGAAGCGGGGAAAUGAACUGCUAAACAGUUCCGUUUGUCGUGUCACUUUAAAUUAGAAACGGCUUGUACAGCAUAAUAACUAGCUCCACGGGAAUGUACUGCAGCUUAUAGUAGCUUUCCGGCAGCUUAAGAUUUUAUCCUCAGACUAAAUUACAGUAAUACUGAGUACAACGAAAAGAAAACGUCAUGUGACUUCUAGGUUUUAGGCAAACACAAAAGUUGAGGUCUUUUCCGUUUGACCAAACGAAAACAGUAAGAUAUUUGUACAUGGAUUGAAGAUCGAUUUUUUCUGAAAGAAAUUAUACAAACGGGAGCACGGUCAUCAAAUCUCUUUACUCUCAUCCUCGCGUGCCAGCUCGGUGUCUUAUGAAGAUAAUUGUAAUUCAAUUUAUCUCUCUCAUGUGGUAACACGCAAACAAAACGACAUUUUAAGAGCCCGCUUUUUUAAAGCUUAAGGGUUUUAGUUAACCUCUUUUCGGUUCUGGUUUAGUUCAUAUCAUUUUUCUCCUGUUCAAUAAAAUUCUAGACUGCUGAUUCCGUGAAAACUGACUGCAAUGAAGAAAAGGAGCACAGCUUUAAGCAGUGUGUGCUAAGGGGGCAGAGUUAACGAGAUAAGGGCAGAUAAAUUGUCCAGUUCAAUUAAGAGAUUUUUUGAAAAAACGAAAAACGAGUUCGUGAGAAGUAUGAUCACAAAAUUUCAUGUAAUACAGCUGUAUCAGUUAUACGAUUUUUACUGUCCUGCACGGUCACGUCCAGCAACGUCCUCAUCGGUAUCUAGCUGCAAAAGAUGUCUUCAAUUCAGUUCCCGUUGAUGGACAGACUAUUUCUUCGGUUAACUAAGAGAAUUGGAACUCAAGUUAUGGUUGUGGUUGCGAUUUGUCCGUCGGCGGUUGCGGUACAAACUUAAGCAGGAUUAGAACGCAAUUAAAAUAUUUUUGAAGCUCAUACGUCCUGUUUUGAAUCUUACAUGGCGUUGGUUUGACGCAGUUUGGCUUAAAACCUCCUUCUUUUAAGACUCAAAGAUUAAUUUAAUGCUCGUAAUAUCCGGAACGCUUCAGUGGCGGAAAUUUUAACCUUUUUCUCAUUUAAUCGCUCAGCAUUCCAAAACGUUUGUUUUUGUCAAUUACAGUGCUGCCUUUUACACGCAUUUUUAAAAGAUAAACUAGCCAAGAAAAAUAGGAAGGCCUACUAAAAAACCAAAGGUCCUUAAGUUUGAAGCACAACCGUGAAGCCCUAACAGCGAUUAAUAUCUCAUUUCUUCCCAAUACACCUAUGAUUAAUCAUGCAAUAAUAAAAGUUAUGAGAAUAGAGGAAAUGAUCACCAAAGAGAAAAAAGACCCGUGUUAUUUACAAAUUCUUCUUUGGAAAAGUGUUCCACGAUGUUCAUGUUGAUAAAUUUAGGUUCUGAAAUUAUUCAAGUCAGAAUUGAAGGCAAUUUCAGUUGAAGGCAGUUUUGUUUUUCGUGGCGUGCAUCUUCCAGAAAUAUGGCGAUUACGUUAGAAAAAGUCUUGUCGUUUAUGAUUUACAAUUAAGUAAGUCACCAUUCGGAAUAUUACAAUGACGAGAGUUUUCAGCUGUUUCUUAUUAAGUUCCAGCGCUAUUUCGCACUUUUUUCUAGCCUUUUGGGAAAAAUACCUUGUGAUAAGGUUUGAUCCAAAAACUGACUGCUUGGGACAGUUAUAGAACACUUACAGUGAAAGCCUUAAAGGUUACUAUUACGUAAUAAGUAGACCUAACAGGGCAUUUUGUGGUUCGUAUUUCACCGGGCCCUUGUUGUUCAAAAGCGGGAGGUAGAUAGGGCUAGCGCAAUUGGUUUUCCUAAUACUUAUCCACUGGAUAGAGAUUUAUCCGGCAGAAAGCGCUAUUCACAUUUUGAACAACUGGGGCCGGUCUGACUUUCAGUUCAAGUAAAGACGCAAAUGGUUAGGGGAAAUCAGUACUGCGUGUCAUUGCGGUCUGAUGUCUUCCCCUUUUAUCCCCAGCGCAGAUUAACUGCUGUUAGUUUAGCGAUGUUUUCUUUAAGUACCUUCUCACUGUACUAAUGAUUCCCGCACUAAAGUACGCUCGAGUUCCCCUCGCGCGCCCUCUUCGCCUCUUCCUCGCUCCCUAAGGGUUUCAACAGCCUGUUCACACCUUAUGCACUUGUCAACAACGCGCCUCAAUACGCCUCUUCAACUGCCAUGCGUUUUCUUUUCCUUUUUAACCUCAGGUGAAACUGGAAUCGUAUUUCGAACAUGGUGUCUCAGACGAAAUCUACGGAGAUCACCACGAGAAACGAUUUCUCCACGCGGUCAAAUCUUUGUUUGAUAGUACUUUGUUUUUAUAACUAAACCGUAGCCUCCAAAACGAGUGUAUUGUAUUAUUGUAUUGCAAUUAACAUUAUUGAAAAAAAAAAUUCUUUACUGGCGCAAUUUACCUUCUUCUUGCAACUGCAUGUCUUAUCCUUAAAGGAACACCUUCCCGUUACCGCGCAUGUACCAAACGUUGAUUUUCUGACAGGAUGCUGUGAAUUCAAAAGACACGAGUAGUGUUACAGAACCUGCAAAAAUUCGUUUGCAUCGUGCCCGGUUAAAAUCGAUACAACACUAAACCUUCUCAGAAUUACAGAUCAAUGAUAUAUUGUUCGAUUUGUUUGCGGAAAUCUGGUGUUUUUUGCGUUGCUUUCAUUGUCGUUGGCCGGAGGUCCUUGAGAACAGACAGAAGGAAAGCAAUCCGAUGCUGGUUAAAGGCAUAUUUCUCCUAUCAGUCGUAUCCAUAAAAGCUAGAUAAUCGUGAAAGGAAUAAGCAUGAAUGGAACAACAGCAGCACAAAAGACUAUAUAUAAAGCAAGAAAACCCAUGAGACAUGGAUGCCACUGUUGAGGUCUUGAGGACUCUGUCAAGCACCAUGUUUUACAAUGACGUGCUAGUAAACUUAACCCCCUGUAAAAGUACAGCCUCUAGUAUGUGUGCGUACGCAUAAUUUGGACAUUGCUCCCGGGUAAUUCUGUUCAAUAGGAUGUAAUAUCCAGAUUCUUUUCAAACUUAGGCCAAUUGAUAUUCAUAAAAUGGGGUCACCGCGCUUGUUUUCGUCCCAUAUCCCAUUUUUACCGACAGAGAAAACUGACAUAUCGUUUAACUUCAGGUUGGAAGCCUUGGUCGAGUUGGAGUAAAUGCAGCAAAAAUUGCGAUGGUGGGAAACAAACUCGAACGAGAGCUUGUUCGGUUAAGGAAUGCGAUGGAAGGACCAGACAAACGAGAUCGUGCAACACUUACGAAUGCGACGGUAGGUUAUUUCUCUCAUAUACUACGCAGAAGCAAGAGCCUACAAACCUUCCGAACAGGCCUUUCAUGUGGCUAAAUAUAAAACAGGAGAAUAUCCUGGCCAGCGGUCUUACUCUCUAAUUGUAUAUGGGGUGGUCUUAGGGUGUUUGCAGGGCCUCUGUAAUUUUUUCACCUUGCUCACUGAGAUCAAGUCAUUAAGCUCAUGUUACCUUUCGCGUGCAUUUUAAAGCCUUUUUGAUCCCACCUCUCCCCUCCCUCUGUAGGUGUGUGCUAAGUUUUUACGAAGCUCUCCACUGAGGUUCUCAGUGUGAUGUUGUUUGAUAGUUGCCGCUCACAGGGUUGUCAUGGUUACCUUCCAGGCUUACUUUCUCCUCUCAAAGUUUGUCCAGGCACCUUCUUCAUACCUAUCUAUUAACGAUGGGUUUAAUUUACGAUAAAAGCGCUUGAUAGUUUUUUCCCCUAUAUUCCUUCCAUGUGGCCUGGUUCUUGUUAUGUACCUAUUUUGCGUGGAUGGCACACAAACAGAGCGACCCAUUAACUCGAAAUUCCUUAUCUAGCUGGCUGCUACUAAGCCUCUUGAUAUUUUUAUUUUACAUCUCGGACAAGUUUUAGGCGAGUAAUUUAAAGUGGCUCUAUUGGACCUUUUAAGGGUGCAAUACCUCUUAAAGUUUGUGCCUUAACUACUUCGCCUCUAACAAAGAUACUGGAAAACAGUCACCACAGCUGUAUUAGAUAAAGGCCAAAACAUGCCUUGGUCAGUUUUAUAUUGACAUCGGGAGUUUGAUGUCUAAACCAGCAAAUUUUACUUGCGGUCGUAUUUUCGUUCACGGUAACUUAUACCUACUAGCUGCCUCAAUAUUCUUUAAAUUUCAACAGUUCCUCUUAGAACGUUGUCGAGAUUUUCAGUGAUUAAUUUGCACUAAAUUUGAAUAAUCGUUUUAACUGAAAAGGUUCUCUUUCAGGUUUGAAAGACAUUGUACGUCACGUUCGAGAAGAACAAACACCACCUGCCUCGAAAAAUGAAAACAUUCAUCUGAAAAAUGGACGCAUGCCGUCAAUAGACGUCUCCAAAGUGUUCCGUUACUACUUUCCAGGGGAGUUCUCCAUAAUCAUGACUUUCCGAGCCACGAAGAUUACAAACGUUUAUCUCUUGGCGAUGUAUUCAUAUCGCAAAAUUAUGACUUUAGGGGUGCGAUUGACCCCCAAAAUGUUAAGUUUUGAAAGAAACUCUCUUUCCCUUAAUCAUCGCUGGUCUUUGGACUUUCCUGUUGAAACACGCAAGGGACAGUGGUACAGUUUAGGUAUUAGUGUCCAGGAAAAAGAGGUCACGGUCUAUUGGAACUGCGAGAAGAUUGGAACCAGGAGCUUUCUCCAAAAGCUCUCAUUUAUUCCGGACUCACUUGGUAAAAUUUACCUCGGAAAACCACUGCUGGUGUCCUCUAUAGAAAGUUAUGAGGUGAGCCCUUAUUCACUUACAAAUUCUCCAAACUGAUCUCCAUACAUUCCCUGAAAGAAUUAGUUGAGAGAAUUUGAUAAAAGAUCAAAGCAUUUUCUCUGAGGUGAUCAUUUUAUUAAAUCUCAUAUCCUUUUCUUUUGAUAAGGUAUUGAUAUUGUAAGAGAAGAAAAUUGAUGUUGGUCCCUAUUUUUGUGCAGGUCAAGACAGCGCGACAACUGUUUUGAAGUACAAUGAUCUCGAGUAAAGUGUAAUUAUGUGUUCAUACAUAGCAUCAAAACAAAGAUCUUAUUCAUGAAUGGCGCCCUAAUAUUCAAUCUCAUUCGCCUCUUUAGCUUCACAGAAUGAUGAUGAUAAAGUGAACUGCGCAAUACAGUAAAUACAGACUAAGGAGGCCAUGGGUUCGAAUCCCGUUGAAGCCCCGAAAUAUCUUUUUCAGAUUGAGUUGCAAUUGGUUAAAUUGUCAUUAAAACUGUUUCGACGAUAUCUUCAUUUAAAUUUGUAUAUUUCGCAGUUCAUAUCAUCGUCUUCAUUUUAUGUUUCAUCCGUUCACGCCGGGUAAAGUCAUUUAAUUAUUUAUUUUGACUUCCCGAUGCUACACAAGGUGCUUUCCGCGGAUCAAUUUAGGUGUCUAGGAAACUGCCCACCUACCCCUCCCCUAAGUCAACAUUAACACUUACUUCUCACUUAGGCCAAAAGGUUGGUUAGGGGAGGUGUAGGAGGGCUGUUUCCCGAAACCUAAAUUGAUCCCUUUCCGCGCCGAUAACUUCAUUUGAUUAACAUAUAAACCUGUUUAGCGUACUUUUUAUUAAGAUAUAAACCUUUUGACUAACAUUUAAACCUGUUUAAAGUACUUUUUAUAUUAUUUUGGUUUCUUAAAUUUCUUGUUUGAUUAUUUGCUAGAUUGAUGUUAGUGAGAUGUACUUUGUCCCAGACCCCGGUGCGUCUAAACAACAGUGUGAUAUUCCAGUUUUCAAACCAGUAAGUUAGUUUAACUUAACCGUCACUCUUUUUACCAGUAACCUGAGAUAAUUUUGCAUAAAAAUGAGUGUAAAUGAAUACCGACAACCUUAUAACAAACGAAUUCCAAUCGAGUCAAGCGUGCGCGGGUUUUAGGUUGGUCCAGCGAAUGGGCGAAUGCGUGUAAGUUUUAAUUUGUUACAUGCCAGAUUUCUAUGUUUUGGAAUUUUGUGCUAAUAAUUCGACCUACAGUUGUGGUAAAGAGACUUAAUGACGGUUCCAGGUGAAGUUUACGUAAGAGGACAUUUUCCGUGAUUUGUGGUGGAUCUGAAGAGUUUAACGAUAGUUAUAGAUAAAGCGGUAUUCAGAGAGGAUAAACCUUAAAUGGAUAAAUAUCGUUGUGGUAUGGACAGCCAUGAACACACAGCUUUAAACAAAUUCAAAAGGGCUUGUGUGGAUUAUCUCCCUUAUUUGGCCUAAAAGGGGAUGCGACGCUGAACAGGGUAUGGUUUGAGGGCUCAGAGGCUUAAAAAGGGUAGGAGAACAGGCGCGCGUUCUACAUGCCUGCUUAUGCGUGGUAACAACAUUUUUUCCUUGGAGAAAUCUAAUUAUAUCAUUUUAAAUUCCAAAAUAUAUUUAAUUCUCUAUACGAAAGGAAUGAAGGUCGUAAAAAAUGGCCUUGUGUGGUAAAUUGGGUCGCGAAAUGCAUGGAUUUCGUGUUAAACAGCGUCAGUGUUUUAGGGCCUCAGCGGACACUUGCACCCAACCGAGCAAACUAUAAUACACUCUGUUAGGAACUUCUGUAGGAUGAUUUUGCUGAUUGUUGAUUUGCAGAACCAACUUCCAUUUGACGGCAGCGGAGAAGACGAGGAAGGAUCCGCCGGUGGUGGUACGCCAAAUAUUGUUGACCAUCCUCAAAAUGAAGGUUUGUUCCGGGAAAAUCGUUGAUCUCUCUUCGCGGUGACCAUGGUGGUUUAGGGAUAAAUUUGGAGAAAGUGAUGCCUGAUUCCUAGCAGAGUCGAGUAUCGUAAAGGUUUUUAUUACGCCCUGAUUUCCCACUCCGGUGUUUGAAAACUUAUGCAUCGAAAGAAAAACAUUCAAAGUAUACAUUACAUUUCUUGAUCUUUUUACUUAUCGUCUCUUUCACUUCUAAGAAUGUCCCAAAUCAUAGAAAAUCUGUAAAACAAAGCAGCACGUGGAAGUACUGUUGGGUCUCACUUAAGGAUUUAAUCCACAGUCUGAAAAGUUAGAACUAAAUAGUAAACAAUUCAAAGCGUGUGAAAGUACUCAGUCUGCUUAAAAGGUUUCAUUUGAAUGGUCCGCGCAUCACAACUUGAGGUUUUUGUCCUCAGAAUUUUUAAUUUUAACGUUGAAAAAAGUGAAAACCGUAAAACCUGGUUUCCGUAGAUAAUUGGCUCUAGAUAGGGAAAGAUUCAACUAUCUGAGAAUGGAAAAUGAGAAAGGGACUAAAGAAGCACAUGGCUUUGAAUCAAAUGCGUUGCCCAUUUUUAUGGAAAUUAGCUUUACUCGUGUUCGAGUGUUCCUAUUGCUGUCCGUACUUAUGAUUGUCAUAGGUUUUGUAUUUAAGCCUGUGGUUCGAAUAGUCGGGAAACCGUAUAUCCAUGCUGUGACAUUAAAAAACUAAUUGAUUGAAUUGAAUUGAAUUCAAUUGAAGAUAGAUUAAAGCAAACACUCGCAGGCACACGUGCAAGUGUACAAUGUAAAAAAGAGAAAUUAUUUAUAAGAAUGCAAUUCAGUUUUCUUACAAACAUUAAACUAAAAAAGUUUAAAAAGGCAUGUUUACAAAACAACACUUGAAGCGCUCAGUACGAAUGCGUGGUAGUAUGUAAUCAUGGCCACGUUGACGUAGUGAUCGAUCUGUACGUUUACUUGUUAGAAGAUCUUUCAAACAACACUGAGUAUCCGUAAUUUUUCCCCAUAGUUGUUUAUCCCUAUCUCGAAUCACAUCACUGAAGGAUAUGCACUUGUUAAUAUAAGCAUAUUUCGAUGUUCGCUUACAUAAUUUAUCGAUCUUAGAGAGAUAUUUACCCUCAUAAGCGCACGCCCAUACUUCAAUUGCGCAGGUAUUGAUUGGUCACUUUCUAUUUGCAGUUGAAAUGUCGUGGACUGAGUGGUCCAAAUGCUCCCGUUCGUGCGGCAAGGGAACUAGAAAGCGAGUUAUGAUGUGUGACCUGGAAUCUAGUUACACAGACGAGAACGGAAUGCCCACCGAUGAAUGCCUUAAGGCUCUGCAGAAUGAAGAAGUCAAGGAAUGUUUUCUGACAAUCUGUCCGGGUAUGAACAUGCUAGAAUGCCUUUAAUUCUUAAAUCCACAAAGGACAAUUUGAAAAUACAUACCUUUAAUUAUCUUGAGGUUUCAUUUGUAUAAACGGCUGAGCAAGGCGGAGCAAAGUGGUGUAGUUUGUGAUGGCAUUCACCUGCUUCACCUUCCACCUUUUUUGAUCCGGGUAAUGGGUUGAGUUUGUUCUUAGGGAACUUAACCAGCAACGUUUUUGAGCGAUGCACGUCAACCGGAAGUAUGCCUUGACAUCACCAAAUUUGUAUUGCUAAGUGUCCUUACUCUUAUAGAGACGAUUUGCCCAAACGUUUGUUCAAAAUCACGGCUCAAGAGUGCAUUAAGUCCACUUCCAUUUGACGUGGGUCGCUCAAAAACUUCGCUGCUUAAACUCCCUGCUUCGUUUCACUGCUCCUAACCUGCGAUCAGGCAGCGGAAGAGAUAUGAAGAGGACGUGAUCGCAGGCUCCUCCCCUCCGAGAUGUUUUCCUCGGAUACUCUGGCUUUCCCUUUCCAACACUGGUUGAUUCCAAUCCUCUAGACUGCGAGCAGUCUCUUGUUUUUCUUUGCAAAGUUACUGCACGUGAAACCUAAGCACGCGAGCGGCGAAAAACGAGGGCGUAAGCCCGAGAAGAAAAAAUAUGGUUUGCAAUCGCGCUGGAUGAGAUAAGAACUAAGCUGAUUUUAAGAGAAAAGGCGGACUGCAAGCAGUCUACCAAUGCAAUCCCGUUAAGAACUCAUGAAAACUACAGGAUGAUUUCUUAAAAGCUCUUACGGGUGUUUUGUGUGUAGACAAAUCACAUUUACUCUUCCUACUUUCACUUUUUUCACUCUAGCCCAGUGUGAUCGACCAUGUUUAAAUGGAGGAUUUUGUGCUAGCCGAAAUCAUUGUCAAUGCCGUUCCGGUUUCCAUGGUGACCAAUGCGAGAAAGGUUAGGAUGAUUAUUUUAUUGAGUUUACGACUGUGUACUAUUUACAAUAAGAUUCCGGAAAAUCCGGUUGGAAAGUAUUGUUCGGUUCGUUUCGGUGGGAAAUUUUCGAGAGUAACGGAACGUCUGGAAAGGUAGUCCUGUUUUCCCGGUCGGAAUAUUUCAAACGGAAAUACGUGUUCCGACUUUGAUACCAGUUCCAGACUUUCGCGUCAGUCAUUUUUAAAGUGAAAGUGGUAACCUGCGUAGCUGGAAGGAUGAUCGUGCCCGGGGUACUUUCGUAGCGGCGUAGCAGCCACGAGACGAGAAGCGAGUGGCGACGCCACGUCCGCCGCCAAAAACUACAGCACUCGCCCGCUAAUUUCGCCAACUAGGGAGGCCAUGAAAGAGGCGUUAUUCGAGAGUUUUUGCUAUGAACCCAUCACUGCCGUGCAUACCAUUUAUGAAGUAAAUUGAUCUGCCUGGACAGUUCUGAUUAAUAGUAGAAUUCUCUUAAGAGUCAAAUGGUUCGGCCAACCGGUUUUUACUUAUGGUAAGCUCUCGUAGUUAAAGCGAGCCAACAACAACAGCAACCAGGCGAAUUACCGACUGUAAAAGAUAGGCAUACACAAAAUGGUGCUAUGGAAGGAUGUCGAAAUCUACUGAUUAGAAAAUUGUCUUCGAGAGAAAGCAAACAGAACUAACUAACCGUUUUAGUGAAAUGCAAUGACAUAUUUUGUAUGAAUAAGAUGUAAUUUUUUUUUGGCAGUUGAAUGCAAGAUUCUGUGUCGUAACGGUGGAACUUGUGUUGGGCCGUAUAAAUGUAGCUGCCCACCAGGAUAUGGAGGAACACAGUGUGAAAAAGGUACACUGCAAUCUUUAGUUCUUAAAGAUCUAAAGAUACAUUUUUUCCUUUUACCUUUACCUAAAUUAUCCGCGUAACUGUGCUGGGUAAAUAGGGGCAGAUUUCCUCUUACCAGGGAGAAACGCCUAGUCUACCGCGUAGAACGCACAUCGCCUUGGACGCCGAUUUUUCUAGCGAUGGAGAUCUCUAAACUAAAGCCGAAUGCGAGCGUUGCGAAAUGCAGUCGUAUUCAGCAAACGAAAAGAAUCUCGAGCGAAGGGCCAAACGAUGAUGAUGAUGAUGAUGAUGAUGAUGAUGACGAUGAUGAUGAUGAUGAUAGGAACGAUGAUUCCAGCAGGCGUCAGGAUAAUAGAGGAGUUAUGGUUCAACUUUCACAACAUAAAGGAUUUCUGUCUUAAAAAGUAGAGAUGCCCUCUGCUUAACCCGGUCAGUAAAGCGUUAGACUGAAGGCGGCUGUAGAGCCAAUCAGAGAAGUAGACAACGACAACAGCCGUCAGCCCUUAUGUCACUCAUUUAAUUCUCAUACUUUUGUAGGGGAAAGUUCAAAAGCACCAAGGGAAAUCCACAAUUUUGUGGUAUUGUGCAUGAAUGUGGUGGAUGGGUUGGGCACCUUGCAUGAGAUCGUAGUGUCUGAUUCACUCCUUUCCCCCACAGGGCAAGUCUGUGCCCUUAGUUCCAACAAAACUUAUCAGUUGACCCCUAUAUCUACCAGGUAAAAGCAAAAGUGGCAAUUUUGUGUAGGUUCUUCAUGUGCUUGUAUGCUUCAUUAACCUUGACCAGACUCUCCGUAAUUUUAUUAACCAUAUAAUGGGCUAUAUUCAUGCGUCCAUAAAAUACUAACAAACAUAACGUAAACAAAGUUGGUCUGAGCUGUUUUAUCCAGUCACAUAGCCCGUAUGAUGUUUUUAUUUAUUGCAGCAUUGUGCAGCCCGCCCUGUCAGUUUGGUGGACGAUGCGUUCGACCAAACGUGUGUCACUGCUCCCCAGGAUUUCUUGCGCCCUACUGUAGACGUAAGUUCCUCGUUAAAAUAACUUUUCGCGCUUGCCUAUUUUCCCGCAAAUAUCAAUUAAAACCUACUUGUACCACAAAGUACAAGGCGGCCCACUGCGAGUACAUUUGGCUAAACGAUUUAUUCAAACAUGUGAUUUAUUUUUUGCGUUCUUAGCCUCUUGUAACCCAACCUGUCUUAAUGGUGGAGUUUGCGUUGGACCGAAUAAAUGUCGCUGCCCCAAAGGCUACACGGGAAACAACUGCUUGCAAGGUACACUGGGAUGGCGUUGUUUUCAUUUAAGUGAGGGCAGUGGGAGGCCGCAUUGGACAUGUCUGACGCUAGUUUCUCUUUAUUUUAAUAGCGGUCUGCGGACAACCCUGUAUGAACGGCGGUGUGUGUUACAAGCCUGACAAAUGUACGUGUCGUCACGGCUGGCAAGGGAAGAGGUGUGAGAAAGGUGAGACAACAAAAACAGCUUCAUUUUGGCAUGGCUACUGCAGGAAGAUGGUGGGGUUAUACGGUGCAUAUGCCAUAAAUGCCUUAUUUUAUGGGAAAUUUGUCUUAGGCAGCUAAACAAGGGCCUCCCUGCAAUCCCGCUAUCUGAUCCCACCAGUUACACAGGCCUACCAAACAUAGACAUGCAGCAUGACAAAAUGACUGAAAUGCAAGUCACGCGAUGAUAAAGAAACACAUUUCCUAGGUUAAGGAGAGUCGGAAGCGACCCGACCUCUUUCGCACUUAAGUAUUUAACGAUCCAGAAACCAGCGUUUCCAGAGGAAAGCUGGUUAGUGCGCUGCCUUCUGCGCCCGGGAGGCUCCGUGUUUGAUUCCCAGGCGUGGCCUCAGAUUUUUGUUUCGACUUCUUUCUUUUUCUUGGAACUUUUGAGUAGCUUGAAAUAGCGUAAAACGGGACACUGAUAGAGAGAGGAGGGUGAAAUGAGAGCACAGUAGGCUUCAACUCGUAACUGUAGUUCAAAAGACAAACCUACCGCGUAGGGGCGGGAAGCUUGCGUGACUCCGGCCCGAGCGAAUGCGAAGGAGACAAGCGAGUCACCAAUACGAAUAAGGAUCUUUUCCUUUACUCACCCGAAAAUUCAUAGAGGGGGUCAUUAAUCUGUUUCCUUUUGGUGACUAUGCUUGACCAUAAAAAAACAGUACUUCUGGAAAAAUCUUCAUUGAGCAACUGGCCGACUGUAUUCUUUUACAGCGGUAUGCAACCCUAAGUGUCAAAAUGGCGGCACGUGUAUCAGACGAAAUCGAUGUUCGUGUACGCGCGGCUAUUCCGGCUUUUUCUGUCAAAUUGGAGUGGUGAGUAUCAAGUGA